UCUACACCAACAGUCAACAAUAAAAAAGGGAAGGCUAGUGAACCAAAACACAGCCAAAAGAAGGGUAAGUAAUCAAACAUCCAUCCAGUAAGGGAAGGGAAAACUUGAGAGUUUGUGAACAAAAUUUGUCAAAUUAUGGCUGUUUUGUUGAAUAUCAAGAAAGUAAAAAUAUCAUGACUUACUGGCUUGUGUGAUUGGAUAUUAUCCCUGAGAGACAACUUGGUUUUGAUGAAUCACUUGUUUAUCAAGAAUGAGUUACAGUCUCUAAUAGUUCCUAAGAAGAGCUGCAAAUGAAAAAUUAACUAUUUUGGAAAUUUAGCCUUAAGAUAGAAGAGGAACAAACUGGUGUAACACUAAAUGCAUGUUUGUGUUACAUGUACACAUAGCUUCCUGCUCCCUCUCACACCAGGACCCAUGUGAAAGAUAUGCUCUUAGAGCUCCAAUAUAUGCUCUCAAAAGCUUUCAAAAAGCAAGUUUUACAUGAAUUGUACAAUGGCUUAAGUUGGUUAUCUUGCCUGUGGUACAAGGGAUUCAUAAGAAGAUUGUCAUGCUUUUGUGGGUAGUUGAUGCAGAGUACUAAUUUCCAGAUUUAUUUCAGAAUUAACUUCCAAUAUAUUUAUAAAGUACUUUGAAUGUACUUUUAAAAUAACAAGAAUGUGGUUGAGUGCCUUUCUUAGUAAUAAUUUGUCAUAUUAACCCUGCCACAUCUCUUGUCUCUUUUGUGUUAAAGGUAACCUUAGCUUUUACACUCAGACAACUGUGAAAUAGACCAUUCUCAAACACAAUGAGCCUUAAAAGACCAUCAGUGAGUUGUAUCAACUGAAGUAAGUUUUCUUUUUUAAGUAUGUGAGACAUUGUAAGCACUGAACUCUUGUGAACCUUAUCUAUUCAAGUUUCCAAGAACACCACCACCAAAAAGCAGACUGCUAAAGCUUCCAACACAACAAAUAAAAAGAAGAAGAAUGAAAAAGGUAACAACCUUUGACACAUCACUAAUGGCUUGUUCCAGGCUCAGAUGGUCAGUGGAGACAAAAAGAGAGCACUGAUGGCUAAUAUUUGCAUGCUUACUUUCCCCAUGCACUGACCAAGAGCCUGGAAAAGGCUAGUUCCUUUUUUAAAAAAUUAUAGUUUUUAAAUACUGUAAUACUUCAAUAGAAUAAGUUAAUAGAUGAGUUAUCUUCUUUAUUCAUUGCAUGUGGGUACAUGAAGAAGUAAGCAAUUACAGUUUUAAGAUGGAACACCUACUGAAUUAGUUUGGUGAUAGCAUAUAGUUAUAUCAUUAUAGUGCAUGCAUGCUUAGUCUUGGAUUUGUUUUGACAUUAUGAAGGAAAAGUUUGUUUAGUUAUGAUAUGUGAAUAACAAGCACAAUGUUGGCAUUCUUGUGUGAAGAGCUCAUUAAAAAAAUCACAGAGAUAAUAUUAUUGAUAAUGAGAGGAGCAUUUUCUUUAGUUAUGUGCAGUUUUUUUGCUUAGUUUUUUAUCACUUAGUUUGAUUUUCUGUUUUUAUAUUCAGCUGUGUGCCAUUAGUUAAUUAUGCUGGACUAUUUUUUAAGGUGCAUCUGAGGAAAUUCCUGCUAAAAAACCAAGAAUUCAACCUAUUAAAAGAAAGAGUAGUAAGGAUAAUACAGGGAAAGGUAACUUUUUAAAUAUAAAAAAAAUAAGCAUUAUUUUAUAGUUUAGCUUCAAUUAAGUCAGAUAAAAUCCUUGUAUAUAGGAUCCUAUAUAUAUAUAUAACUAACUGCAGACAGUACUGUUUCGGCCUUCUGGGCCUCAUCAGUGCAGUGCUGAUGCUAGGAUGGAGGUAAGGCCAUACAGCUACCCCAAGUGAUCUCACACAUGUGGGAUCAUCUAAGCCAUGCCAGAGUGCUCAAACUAGAAAAACUAGUGAGCAUGCAUAAUGCUAGCAGCAAUGACUCAUCCUAGUAGAGUGCUCAAUUUGGACAUGAAAGCAAAGCUUUGUAUGCCAAAGAGCUAUAUCUAACUGCAGAUAUAUAUGUAUGUAUAAAUGUGGGUCAGAGUCUACCUUGGCAUAAAGUGCUCAAUGCUGUGGUAGCAGAGCUAAGUAUAUAUAAAAUAAAGAAUUAAAGAGGAUGCAUCGAUUCUCUGUGACUCUGAGUUUCGCACCUAAGCACUUGUCAGACAGAACUUUAUUCAAUGAAGAACAUACCUUCCUAAUGUUCUUCAUUGAAUAAAGUUCUGUCUGACAAGCCCUUAGGCACAAAACUCAGAGUCGCAGAGAAUUGAUGCGUCCUGUUUAAUUCUUUAACAGUAUUUUUUACACAAAUCUUUACAAUUACAGUUACCUUUCAAAAGACACUCACCAAAACUGCAAAACCUCAAGUUUUGGAAACAAGCAGUGACUGGGGGAAUGAUACAGGAGGUGACUAAUAAACAUAUACUCAUCAAUAAUAUACCAGUAUUUCUUGAGUGCGUUUGGUAAUUUUUGUCUGCUUUACCUUAGAGACAACCAGUGUCCACGUUUCCUCAUAUAGUUUUCUUGAAUAAAAACAUCAUUACAUGUAUAAUUUCUACUUCUGAUAGUUGAGGUUUUGAGAGUAGCGUAUUAGGUUUGUUUGUAAUUUUUUUCCACAAAUCUUUUUAAUUACAGUUUCCUUUCAAGAAACACUUACCCAACCUGCAAAACCUCAAGUUUUGGAAACAACCAGUAGCUGGGCUGGAAAUGAUCUAGGAGGUGACUAAGUUACAUAUAUUUUUCAACAAUAUAUAUACCUGCAUUUCUUGAGUUCAGUUGCAGAUUCCUGUUAGCUUUUUGACAGAGAAGACCACCGUCCGGGUUCCCUUAUAUAGUUUUGUUGAAUAAAAGACAUUAUUCAUGGAGACUUUUUAUGCCAAGAAUAGUUGAAGAUUUUGAGAGUAUUAUUCACCCUGAGAGUUAUUCACCCUGAGUAAUCCACUAACUUUAGAGGUUUUAAUGUUAUAUUAUUGUCUACUAACUCAGCUCUUUCUAACACUUCGGAAUUUAAAAUCCAGAUACAUCUGCACCUGCACCAACAAUCAAAAAAGGGAAGGCCAGUCAACCAAAAGACAGCCAAAAGAAGGGUAAGUAACUGAACAUCCAUCAAGUAAAGGAAGGGAAAACUUGAGAGUUUGCGAACAAAAUUUGUCAAACUACAACUAUUCUAUUAAAUAUCAAGAAAGUAAAUAUACUCUGACAUACUGGCUUGUGUGAUUGGAUAUUAUCCCUGAAAGACAACUUGGUUUUGAUGGCCAGCUAAUGAGAUCUCAUGAGAAGAUAGGCCCUUAAAGUUGGUUGAUUUUAUUUGUUAUAUUGUGGAGUCCAAAGCAUGAAUCAUUUGGUUAUCAAAACUGAGUUACAGUCAGUAAUAGUUCCUUAGAGCUGCAGAUAGAAAGUUCACUACUUUGAAAAUUUAGCCUUGAGAUAGAAGGGGAACAAACUGGUGUAAGGCUAAGUGCAUGUUUGUACUACAUGUACACAUUGCUACCUGCUCUCUCACACAUGGACCUAUGUCAAAGAUAUGCUGCUAGAGCUCUGAUAUAUGCUCUCAAAAGCUUUUGAAAAGCAAGUUUUACACGAGUUGUACAAUGGCAUAGGUUAGUUAUCUUGCCUGUGGUAACAAGGCUUCAUAAGAAGAUUGUCAUGCUUUUAUGGGUAGUUAAUGCAUAUUGCUAUUUUCCAAAUUUUAUUUCAGAGUUAACUUUUAAUAUAAUUAUGAAGUACUUUGAUUGAUCCAUUCUGCAUUUGCACAAUUAGAUGCCAAUUAACAAGAAUGUGGUUGAGUGUGCCUGUCUUAGUAAUAAUUUGUUUUACUAACCUUGUCAGGUCUCUUGUCUCUUUCCUGAUAAAGCUUACCUUAGCUUUUACCCUCAAACAACCCUGAAAUGCACUAUUUUCAAAUGCAAUGAGUCUUACGAGACCAUCAGUGAGUUGUAUCAGCUGAAGUAAGUUUUCUUUUUUAAGUAUGUGAGAUAUUGUAAGCACUGAACUCUUGUGAACCUUAUCUAUUCAAGUUUCCAAGAACACCACCACCAAAAAGCAGACUGCUAAAGCUUCCAAUGCAACAAAUAAAAAGGGGAAGAAUGAGAAAGGUAACAGAACAGGCUAGUUCCUUUUCUAAAAAAUUAUAUUUUUAAAUACUGUAAUACUUCAAUGGAAUAAAUUUAUUUAAUUGAUUAGUUGUUAUCUUUAUUCAUUGCAUGUGGGUUCAUGAAGAAGUAAUUGCAGUUUUAAGAUUUAACACCAACUGACUUAAUUAGUUCAGAAAUAGCACAUAGUCAAAUUAUUAGUGCAUGCAUGCCUGUUCUUGGCUUUGUCCUACAUCAUGAAGGAAAAGUUUGUUGGAGGUAUGAUAUUUGAAUAACAAGCACAAUGCUGGCAUUCUUGUGUGAAGACCUCAUUGAAAAAAACACAGAGAUAAUAUUAUUGAUAAUGAAAGGAGCAUUUUCUUUCUUUAGUUAUGUGUAGUUUUUGUACUUUUUUUAUAUCACCUAGUUUGAUGUUCUGUUUUUAUAUUCAGCUGUGUGCCAUUAUUUAAUUAUGCUGGACUAUUUUUUAAGGUGCAUCUGAGGAAAUUCCUACUAAAAAACCAAGAACUCAACCUAUUAAAAGAAAGAGUAGCAAGGAUAAUGCAGGGAAAGGUAACUUAUUGAUAGAAUCAAGCAUUAUUGUGUAGUGUAGCUUCAAGUCAGAUUAAAUCCCUGUACAGGAUUUUGUUUUAUAUUUAAUUAUGUUGCUUCCAGUUUCCUAAAAAAAAGCAAAUGGGGGGUGGUUGUAAGACAGGAACCAAUUGUCAACAAGUCAUCAACAGCAUAUAGGAGAAAUCUUUAGCAGACAUGUUUUGCUGACUUAAUGUUGCAUUAUAUUAGAGACAAAGUUUUACAAGUGAUGCGUAGGUAAUUGACUUUGGCUCUCUUUAGGCUUUCUUUCAGCUUUGUUUGGUCAUUUAAUUUUUCCAAACAGACCUAUCAAAGAGCUUUUUAAUCACAUGUACUAGGUUUACCUAAACAAUCACAUAUCUUUAUAAUCACAGUUACCUGUCAAGAAACACGUACCGAAACUGCAACACCUCAAGCUUUGAAAACAAGCAGUGAUUGGGGGAAUGAUAUUGGAGGUGGCAAAUAUGCAUAUAUUUUAUCAAUAUUAUACCAGCUUUUUUGAGCACAUUUGCAGAUCCCUUUUUGCUUUACUUUAGAGACAACCACUGUCAAUGUUUCCUUAUAUAGUUUUGUUGCAUAAAAGACAUCAUUCCAUGUAUAGUGUAUAGUUUAUAGGUUUGUUUAUUUUAUUUUUUUUUUUUUUCACAAAUCUCUAUAAUUACAAUUUUCUUUCAAGAACCACCCACCAAAACUGCAAAAUGUCAAGUUUUGGAAACAAGCAGUGACUGGGGAAAUGAUAUAGGAGGUGACUAAAUUAUAUAUAUUUUUCAACAACAUACCUGCAUUUCUUGAGUGCAUUAGCAGAUUCUUGUGAGCUUUACACCAGAGAAGACUACUGUUCAGGUUCCUUUACAUAGUUUUGUUGGAUUGAAAAAAUAAUUUCAUGUAUACUUUUUAUACUUACAAUAGUUAAAGGUUUUGAGAGUAGUGUAUUGUUUGUGUAUUUUUUUUGUCUUCUUGAGUAAUCCAUUAACUUUAGAGGUUUUAAUGUUAUGUUAUUGUCUAAUAACUCAGCUCCUUCUAACACUUCUGAAUUUAAAAUCCAGAUGCAUCUGCACCUGCACCAACAGUCAAAAAAGGGAAGGCUAGUGAACCAAAACAAAGCCAAAAGAAGGGUAAGUAACCGAACAUCCAUCAAGUAAGGGAAGGGAAAACUUGAGAGUUUGUGAACAAAAUUUGUCAAAUUAUGGCUUUUCUGUUGAAUAUAAAGAAGUAAAAAUACCAUGACUUACUGGCUUGUGUAAUUAAAUAUUAUCCCUGAGAGACAACUUGGUUUUGAUGGCCAUCUAAUGAGAUCUCAAGGGAAGUUAGGCCCUAAAGUUGGUUGAUUUCAUUUGUUACAUUGAGGAGUCUAAAGCAUGAAUCAUUUGUAAUAGUUCCAAGAGCUGCAGAUAAAAACUUCACCACUUUGGAAAUUUAGCCUUGAGAUAGAAGGGGAACAAACUGGUGUAAGGCUAAUUAAGUGCAUGUUUGUGCUACAUGUACGCAUAGCUUCCUGGUCUCUCAUGCCAAGAUAUGCUCUCAAAAGCUUUCAAAAAGCAAGUUUUACAUGAGUUGUAAUGGCAUAAGUUAGUUAUCUUGCUUGUGGCACAAGGGCUCUAUAAGAAGAUUAUCAUGCAUUUGUGGGUAGUUAAUGCAUAGUGCUAAUUUCCAGAUUUUAAUUCAGAAUUAUCUUCUAAUAUAAUUGUAGAGUACUUUGAAUGAUCCAUUUUGUAUUUACAAAAUUAGAUGCCAAUGAACAAGAAUGUGGUUGAGGGUGCCUUUCUUAGUAAUAAUUUGUUGUACUAACCUUACCAGGUUUCUUGUGUCUUUUGUGACAAAGCUAACCUAGCUUUUACCCUCAAACAACCCUGAAAUGGACUAUUCUCAAACACAAUGAGCCUUACAAGACCAUCAAUGAGUUGUAUCAAGUUAGUUUUCUUUUUAAACAUGUGAGAUAUUGUAAGCACUGACUUCUUGUAAACCUUAUCUAUUCAAGUUUCCAAGAACACCACCACCAAAAAGCAGACUGCUAGAGCCUCCAAUACAACAAAUAAAAAGGAAAAGAAUGAGAAAGGUAACAAUUUUUUAUAUAUUCCUUUAUGGCUUGUUCCAGGCUCAGAUGGUCAGUGGAGACAAAAAGAGAGCACUUAAGGCUGCUAUUUGCAUGCUUACUUUCCCCCUGCACUGACCAAGUGCCUGGAAAAGGCUAGUUCGUUUUUUAAAAAUUGUUGUUUUUAAAUACUGUUGUAAUACUUCAAUGGAAUAAAUCUUUAGAUGAGUGAUUUUCUUUAUUCAUUGCAUGUGGGUUCAUGAAGCAGUAACACCAACUGACUUAGCACAGUCAAAUUAUAAAUGCAUACAUGCUGCUUCUUGUUUCACAUCCUGAAGGAAAAGUUUGUUGGAGUUAUGACAUUUGAAUAACAAGCAUAAAAAAAUAAGGAGAUAAUAUUAUUGAUAAUGAGAGGAGUAGUUUCUUUAAUUCUGUGUAGUUUUGGUUUUUGUGUUUUCCUUUUUUUACCUAGUUUGAUAUUCUGUUUUUAUAUUUGAAUGUGUGCCAUUAUUUAAUUAUGCUGAAUUAUUUUUUAAGGUGCAUCUGAGGAAAUUCCUGCUAAAAAGCCAAGAACUCAAUCUAAUAAAAAAAAGAGUAGCAAGGAUAAUACAGGGAAAGGUAACUUAUUGAUAAAAAUAAGCAUUAUUUUAUAGUUUAGCUUCAAGUCAGAUUAAAUCCUUGUAUAGGAUCUUGUUAAUAUAUAUAAUUCUGUUGCUUCCAGAUUCCUAAAAAUGCAAAUGGCAAGGGGGUAGUUUUAAGACAGGAACCAAUUAUCACAAGUCAUCAACAGCAUAUAGGAAAAAUCUUUAGCAGACAUGUUUUGCUUACUUACUUAUGUUGUAUUAUAUUAGAGACAAAGUUUUACAACUGAUGUAUGGGUAAUUGACUUUGGCUUUCUUUUGGCUAUGUUUGGUGUUCUGUAAAAGCUGUGAGAGAAGUUGUCAUUAUUUUUAAACAGACAAAUCCGAGAGCUUUUUAAUCACUUGUACUAGUUUUGCCCUAACUACCACAAAUCUUUAUAAUUACAGUUACCUGUGAAGAAACACACACCAAAAUUGCGAAACCUCAAGGUUUGGAAAUGAGCAGUGACUGGAAGAAUGAUACAGGAGGUGACUAACUUACAUAUAUAUUUCAAUAAUAUAACUGCAUUUCUUGAGUGCAUUUGCAGAUUCUUGUUUGCUUUACUUCAGAGACAUCCACAGUCUGGGCGGUCUGGUAGAAUAAGAAACAUAAUUACAUGUAUAGAUUCUACUUAUGAUAGUUGAAGGUUUUGAGACUAGUGUAUUGGGUUUGUUUAUUUGUUUACUUAUUUAUUUUUUUUCCACAAAUCUUUAUAAUAACAGUCACCCAUCAAGAGACAAUCACCAAAACUGCAAGACCUCAGGCUUUGAAAACAAGCGGUGACUGGGAGAAUGAUAAAGGAGGUGACUAAUGCACCUGUAUUUUUCAAUAAUAUACCUGCAUUUCUUGAGUGCAUUUGCUGAUUCUUGUUGGCUUAAUUACAUAGAAGACCACUUUCCUGGUUCCCUUAUAUAGUUUUAUUAAAUAAAAAACAUCAUUUCAUGUACAGUUUGUACUCACAAUAGUGAAAGGUUUUGAGAGUAGUGUGUUAGGUUUGUUUGUUAAUUUUUUUUCUCUCAAAGUAAUCCAACAAUUAUAUGUUAUAUUAUUGUCUACUACCUCAACUCUUUCUAACACUUUUGAAUUUAAAAUCCAGACGCAUCUGCACCAACAGUUAGCAAUAAAAAAGGGAAGGCUAGUGAACCAAAACACGGCAAAAAGAAGAGUAAGUAAUAGAACAUCUAUUAAGUACGGGAAGGACAAAAUUCAUCAAAUUAUGGCUAUUCUGUUGAAUAUCAAGAAAGUAAAAAUAUCGUGACUUACUGGCUUGUGUGAUUAUAUAUUAUCCCUGAGAGAUAACUUGGCUCUGACGACCAGCUAAUCGGAGAUCUCGUGAGUAGAUAGGCCAUAAAGCUGGUUGAUUUCAUUCGUUAUAUUAUGGGAAAGGAGUAUGGAGUGUUCUCGUUGGAGCUUGAGUUUACCAGUAAUUUUGGGGCUAGAUUGUCAGACAAAUGAUUCAUAGUCUUUUUAUAGUUAAACAGGGCACACCAAAGAUGGCUGAGUUAGAAGGAUUGGGUAUAGAUAUUGGUGACAAGUGGAAAACUCUGGGAAGACGCUUAAAAGUAUCAGAGCAACUCGAAAUAAUCGAUGCGCGAUAUAAUACUCUUUCUGAAAAAGCCUUCCAGAUGCUUCAAUACUGGACCCAGAAAAGAGGUUCCUCUGCGACCUACAGAGUUCUAAGUGGUGCCUUAAAAGACGACCUUUUAGUACGUAAAGACUUGUCAGAAAAGUACUGUUAUGGUUGACAGUUGACAUAACAAAUAUUUUCUUGUCUUUUAACUCUGAUUUACGAGGGAGUGAGCGGUUUAGUAUGUACUUUCUUUGCUCUAUUUUAUUGUUCUUUCAGUUACACAUGUCACUUUCGUCGAAAUGUUUAUAAUGUACGUCCAAACUUAUGACAGUUCUUUCACAAACAAAACAGCUGCUUAAGAGUCAGAGUUUUGUAACAGCAAACUAAAUACAGUAAGCAAGAGUAUUGUUUCGUGGUCGAAUCUCAGAGUAGAAUUUUAGAAUUUCAAACUGAUCGCUCAACAUACAGGUAGCGAUUAUUUUUAAAGGAUCAGACUGAAACAGAAAGGGCGAUUUGCCGAUUUUUUUUUAUUCUUGGGGUAUUGUCUAGUUGGUAGGUUACUAUCAAAUUUUCGGAUCAUGUGUACUAUAGGUGGCCUCGGUCGACAUAUCGGCCGAUAUAUCGGUCGACUAUCGACCGACUAUAGGUCGACUAUCGGUCGACAGUCGACCGUCUAUCGGUCGAUAGUCGACCGAUAGAUCGGCCGACAGUGGACCGAUAUAUCGGCCGACAGUCGACCGAUAAAAAUUGGUGCACAUAUCGGCUGAUGCAUCGGCCGACAGUCGGUCGAUUGUCGACCAAUAGUCGACCGAUAUAUCGGCCGACAGUCGACCGAUAAAUGUGUACAUAUCGGGUGAUGCAUUGGUCGACUAUCAGUCGACUGUCGGUCGAAUAUCGGUCGACUUUCGACCAAUAGUCGGUCGAUAGUCGACCAAUAUAUCGGUCGAUUGUCGGCCUAUAUGUCGACUAAGGCCACCUAUAGUACACAUGAUCCAAAUUUUCUACUUAAUUUUAAUUUUUUUAGAACGGCGUUUUUGUCUCUUUUUCAUGCUGAGCACCAGUAGAUUUAGACCGUCAGUAGUACUAAACAAGUUAACUGGUAUAUCGUAUGAAUAACUUGUAGGUUGAUAAAUAUAAUUAUUUAAGACUUUUUUUUUAGGUCAUUAUUACAUUUCUGCUGGUGAAUUGUUGUAAUUUACGAAAUUACCAAGAAAUUGUAAUUUUUACACCCCGUUAUUAAUGUGUUAAUAGAGAAUUCCUCCCAAAAAGUGUUAGAGAAGUAUUUGGUAAGGAUGGCAGUUAUUUUAUAUUCAUGUUAAAUCAUAAAUUUUGUCCGUUAAAGCUAUAGAAGGUUGGACAGGAUUAUUUUUAUGGAUCUAGAUAAAUACAAAGUUUGUGAUAUUGCACACCUUUUAAAAUAUGGAUUUGGUGUUAAGUCAAAUUAUUGUUCUUAGAUACCUAGUGUCGUAAAUUGUAAAUUACAAUUAUCCGUAAUAAAAUACGUUUAACGUAUUGAAACACACAG